UAAGCGAACCACGUACAAAGACAAUCAUUUGAGUUAACGUUGACUUUUAUCACAGAGCGAAAGUCCCUGUUUGAUUUUCAAAGCGAUCGUCUUCAAUGGAGGUGAUUCACUCAUGGUCAUGUCCAAGAUCACUCAGCACCGCUCUCAUGUAUUCAUUUGCUCAGAGAGAUGACAUUGAAGUGUUGGACGAGCCAUUAAACGCUUCGUUCCUUAAAGCUACAGGUGCUGAUAGGCCAUACAAAGAUGAGAUUUUCGCUAGCAUGGAAAGUGAUGGACAUAAGGUGGUGAAAGACAUCAUUUAUGGUCCAGGAAAGAAGAAAUAUAGGUUCUGUAAGAAUUUGGCAAAACAUCGUAUUCUUGGCUUGCCAAGUGAACUAAUGAGUAAAGGAAAGCAUUUCAUCUUGAUACGCAAUCCCGUUCACAUAUUGCCUUCUUUUGAUAAGGUAAUCCCAUUAUCGUUUCUGGACGUGGGAUUAGCAGACUUAGUUUCAAUAUACAGCGAUCUCUGCCAGAUGGGAAAACCACCACCAGUCAUCGAUGCAGAUGACCUUCAGCGAAAUCCCGAGGCUACCCUACGUGGUCUUUGCCGUGACUUGGAUAUCCCGUUUCAAGCCUCUAUGCUUAAAUGGGAGGCUGGUCCUAUACCAGAAGAUGGAGUAUGGGCUUCAUGGUGGUAUAAAACUGUUCACGAAUCAACUGGUUUUUCAUCUCCUAGGAAAUACCCUCGAACAUUCAAUAUGAGGCAUUACGAUUUGCUGGAGCAUUGUUUACCACUAUACAACACUCUCAGACGUCACGUGAAGGGCAAGUCAUCUCUCUUGGCCAGCCCCUUAGCUCCUCCCAGUCUCCCACUUCCUGAAAAUGCUAAAAUCUUUGCUUGGAUUGGUGAUGAGAUUUUGCCACGUGAGAUGGCCAAGGUUUCUGUUUUUGACUCCGUGGUGCAAGGCGGUGACUCUGUAUGGGAAGGUCUUAGAAUCUACAAAGGGAAAGUAUUCAAGCUUGAAGAACAUCUAGAUAGGUUGCUUGAUUCAGCAAAGGCUCUAGCUUUUAACAAUGUCCCAACCCGCGAGGAGAUAAAAGCAGCCAUCUUCAAAACUCUCAUAACCAAUGGGAUGUUUGACAAUACACAUAUAAGACUGUCUCUAACUCGAGGCAAAAAGGUCACUUCUGGAAUGAGCCCUGAGUUUAACCGUUAUGGAUGUACAUUGAUAGUCCUUGCUGAGUGGAAGCCUCCAGUAUAUGACAACGAUAGUGGAAUUGUGCUGGUGACUGCAACUACACGUCGCAACUCUCCCACCAAUUUAGAUUCCAAGAUUCAUCACAACAACCUCCUCAAUAACAUACUCGCAAAGGUUGAAAGCAACAACGCUAAUGUAGAUGAUGCAAUCAUGCUUGACAAGAAUGGCUUUGUGUCUGAAACCAAUGCAACCAACCUUUUCAUGGUGAAGAAUGGUGUAGUUCUCACUCCCCAUGCAGACUAUUGUCUCCCUGGCAUUACCAGAGCUACUGUCAUGGAACUGGUGGUGAAAGAGAAUUUCAUCUUGGAAGAACGUAACAUCAGCUUGUCGGAAUUUCAUACAGCUGAUGAGGUAUGGACUACAGGAACUAUGGGAGAACUCAGCCCGGUUGUGAAAAUUGAUGGGCGUGUGAUCGGUGAAGGAAAAGUAGGACCGGUUGCAAGGAAGCUGCAAAGUGCUUACAAGAAGCUGACCGAUGAUUCGGGUGUCCCAAUACCUACUUACCAAGAACCUUGAACCAUGCGCUAGAAGAACAUUUAGACGAUGCGUUGAUUUCACUUUGGUAAUAAUAAGUGCGUGAUGUUUUUUAGCACAUGCUGGUUUGGGCCAAUGUAAUAAAGUUGGUCGCGUGCCAGUUAAGUUAGAUUUAUUUGAGUGGUUUUUUUCUUCACAAGAGUGAUAAUAAUGUGUGCCUUUGAUAUUUUUUCCCCCUGAACUGUCUGCAUCUAAUAUUCCAAUAAAUUUAAAAUGGAAUA